GUGUCGUGUCGGGGAGAACUGGUGGUACCGCGGUCAGCACUGCGAGGAGUUCGUCUCCGAGCCGCUGGUUGUCGGCAUCGCCAUGGCGUCGGUGUUCGGCCUCCUAUUGGUGGCUGGAGGCAUCGUCUAUUUCCUGUCCAGAACGCUGAGGGAGCGCUACGACACAGAGGACAGCGAGGACCCAAUCAGUGCUAAGCUAACCGCAGCGCCGGACAGCGGCCCGGUGGCAGCUCAGUUCUACCGACGCUACGAUGACGAGGCGCCGCUCAGAACCGGGUCCAGAGACCAGAACCAGGAGAACAGCUCUCUGAGCAAAGAGGAGAUCCAGGAGCGUCUGAGGAUCGCCGAGCUCUGCUCCAGAGAUAAGCACUACGCCGAAUUCAUGAGACAAACUCAAGUAUUCCUGGAGAAGAGAGGAAGCUCCUCCACAUAGACCUCCAGAAAGCUGCCUUCGUUCUGAUUGGAGGAUCUCACUGCUCCCCUGGAGGUGACACUGAAACACUUUAGGAUUUUAUUUUGAAAGGACUCUUUGUGGACCUGAAUUCUGACCUCUGAUUGGUCGCCUGUCACUUCCUGUUCACUCUGUGUUUAUAACCUUCAGUCACUGCUGCUCUUACUCUUAUUUACAAACUGCUUUCUGUACUCUUCCUAAAGACUUUAUUCUGAAACUUCACUGUUGUUUUUACUUCCUGUUUUCAUGUCGCUGAUCAUCGGAGAAACACGUUAGCAUCUCGUUAGCUUCACGUUAGCUUGUUUUGCUCGGCGCGGCUCCCGUCAGUGCCUUCACGCUCCGUUAGCGUCCGUUAGCGUUAGCAUCCGUUAGCGUUAGCUCGGGCUCUCAGAGUUGUGAUGUUUGUUUGUCUCAUUAAAACUCAUCCCAGCCAAUCAGCUGCUUCACAUGUUUACAUUCAUCUACUGUUAGCAUGUAGCCACGCCUAGCCUGUGUACGAAUCCAAAGAAACCAAAACUUUUUCAAAAGUAAUUUUUUAUUUCUGACAACUUUAUUUUAGUGCAAAAUAUGAAGUUACGAAGUAUUUCGCUAGCUUUUUUUUUUUUACAACCAAUAUUAUUUGGUUGUUAUCUUGUUUAAAAAAAGUUAUUUUAUGAUGGAGAUCGUUUUUCGUGCUUCUACGAACAGAAUAAAGUAAAUAUUGGAGUCUUUAAAUCACGGCCAAUAAAAACCCUUCUUACUGU